AUGGCACUUACAGUUGGAAUUGCUGGCAUCACCGGCAAGUUUGCCCGUCUGGUUGUGAAGCAUCUUCGCACCUCGCCGGAUGUCCAAAUUCGCGGGCUAUGCCGCAAUCCUUCGAAGGUUCCGGAGAGUCUUCGUGACUCGCCUGGCGUGACCAUUUUCCAAGGCGAAUCUACUGAUUUUGACACUCUGCGUACAUUUGUCCGCGGCUGUGAUGUUGUGAUCUGUUGCUACCUCGGAGACAACAACCUCAUGACCGAGGGUCAGAAGUUGCUUGUUGAUGCGUGCGAACUGGAGAAGGUCGGCCGCUACAUCGCCAGCGACUAUAGCCUGAACUUCCCGAACCUGGAAUACGGCCAGCUUCCUCCAAAGGAUCCAAUGAAGCAUGUCAUGGCAUACUUGGAAGAAAAGAAAGAUGUCCAGGGUGUUCAUAUCCUGAUUGGCAUUUUCAUGGAAACAUUCUGGAGUGGGUACUUUGGCAUGUGGAAGCCAGAGGAGUGCAAGCUCGUCUUGUACGGGACUGGCAAUGAAAUCUGGGAGUCCACAACUUAUGAUACUGCUGCUCAGUAUGUGGCUGCUGUGGCAAGAGAUCCAAACGCAGUUGGUGUACUGCAGUUCCUCGGUGAUCGGAAAACAAGCCGUGAGAUUGCUGAUGAGUUCGCCGAAGUAUACGGAAAGAAGCUUGAGCUCGACUUGCGAGGAUCUCUCGACGACCUCUACACCACCAUGCAUGCAACAUACAAGCAGGAUCCCUCAAACAUCUUUGCAUACCUCGCGAUGUUUUAUCAAUACUACUGCCUCAACGGUCAAACGUAUCUGAAGAAGGAUUUGGACAACUCCAAAUAUCCUGAUGUUACCCCGAUUACUUUCAAGAAGUUCCUCCAGUCCCACAAAUUGGAAGAACUGAUUGACGCAAAUCAGAAUGCAGGCUCUGAUGUUUAG